AUGAAGACCUCUGGCGCCUGUAUACUGUUGUGUCUCUUAGCACUCUCCUUGUCCCCAGCUGGCUGGUUUCCAUGGGUGGUCAAUGGGCAAGAACUGGAAAGUGCAACUGGUGAAGUUAGCACCGACUCCCUUAUCAGCACCGUCGCUGCAGCUGUCACACCACCUGUCCUUCUUAGUCCUGUUCAGUCUGACAGCGAAACUACCACAGCUUCAUCAGAUUGUCGUGAAGAAAAGUUCCCUUGCACACGCCUGUACUCUGUUCACAAACCAGUAAAGCAGUGUAUCAGCUACCUCUGUGUUACAAGCGUGCGUCGCAUGUACAUAAUAAACAAGGAGGUGUGCUCUCGCAUUGUCUGCAAGGAGAAUGAGGUCAUGCAAGAUGAGAUCUGUCGCCAGCUGGCUGGCCUUCCUUCUCGACGUCUCCGCCGAUCUGGGCAACCCCUGCAGCUCCCUUGCAGACAACUCCUGGAGCAGCAGCGCGGGAGGCCUGAUGCUCUGUGAGCUACCAACAGUAGGAGAGAAAAAUGAAGGAAGAGAAGAGAAAUCAUCAUCCACUACCUACAACCCGAGACAAGUCCUUCUCAUUUGUGAUUUCCCUACCAUUUCCUUGCUUUUCUGCCUUCCCCCACAUCCUCUUCUUCAGCUGCUGCAGUGCACAGAGUCCCCUCUCUGCUAGUUUCUCAUGGUGGCUGUUGUCAUCU